UAAUCGAGGCUUAGGAUUUUGGGGAGAGAGGGUGAUCGAGAGAGAGGCGGAGAUGAGCUCUUCUUCUCCUCGUCGCGGCGGCGGGGAUCAUCACGUGGAGGAGGGGGUGAGGAUGAGGGAGCGGCCGAGGUUCUUCGACGCCAAGGCGAAGGACCUGUGCUGGGCCAAGGCGGAGGUGGUGCCCGGCCGCCACCCGGAGCGGUGGCGCAAGGACCCCGCUGGCAACGUCGUCUGCAAGCGCUUCUGGCACUGCCACGGCUGCCUCUGCUACGAGUACGACCACAUCAUCCCCUUCUCCAAAGGUGGGGAGUCGACGGCAGAGAACUGCCAAAUCCUUCAGACGAGGGUGAACAGGUUUAAGUCAGAUAAGAAGUGGGUGGACAAAGCUGAACUGGAGGGUUUCUCAUGUGAUAUCAAGUUCACAGAUAAGGAGCUUGAUAUAAUUGAGAUGGCUGUCUAUGGGGAUGUCAUUCGUCCAGGAAAUCAGUGUCGCUGCAGAACUGUUGCUGAAAUGCUGGGUCAGGUGAAGUCAAAGAACCCGCUGGCUGCUUGCGAGUUACCAUACAAGGAAACAUCAUGACAUGCAGUGGCAAUCUUAUUGUUCAUCUGUUCAUCAUCUUGUUGCACCGAACGCAGCAUGAUUUUCUGCUGCUAUUUGUUGUUGUACUGAAAGAUCAUUAAUAGUUUCCUUUAUGUCAUGUUUUUCUCUUUUGGAGGAAAAAAAAAAUGUCGCAAACGAAAAUAAUUUGAGCACUGGGUUACAACAGCAUUCAAGAAUCAAACAUAUUUUUAGUUCAGU